AUGUCAUUGAUUAUAUUUCGACUAAUAUAUUUAUUUUUAACAAAAAUUUCCUUACAAUCAUCAAUAUUUGCUCUAUCCGCUGAUAUAAAAACUCAUGAACUUGGUGAUAUUACAUUACUAUUAGAUGAAUUUCCAUCUAUCAUUGAGAAAAUCGAACAAACUGUUAAUCGAUAUCGUUGUCCAAAAGGAUGGAAACGUGUAGGUAUUUCAUGUUAUUAUCUAUCCAAUAUAACAUCAACAUCUAUUCAUGCAAAUUAUACAUGUAAUCUUCUUCAUUCCAAUCUUUCAAAUCUUAUACAAAUAAAAAAUACAAUUCAACUUUUCUAUGCUGCUCAUUUAUUAAUAAAAAAUAACUUAUCAUCAUUAAUUAUUAAUAUCCAUCCAAAUUUACUACAAGAUUUCUUGGGAAAACCAAUUUCUCAAAUUUUGAGCAAUGAUCAACAGCAAUGGCAACAAAUCAAAGAAAAGUUUUAUCAAAUAAAAAUAAAAUAUGAAAAAUUGAAAGUAAAAAUAGUUAGACAAUUAGCUUCAGCUGGUUUUAAAAUCUUGCGACGUACAAAAAAAAUAAUACAAAAUGAAAUUGAUUAUAAUGAAAUUGAUUUCACAGAUGAAAAUGAUACAUUUGAUGAAAUAGAAAAUAUUCAUAAUAUUUGUGAUAGAAUUGAUUGGAAUAUUCGAAAUAAUAAUGCAACGACUUUUAUUUUAAUAACAUAUAUUGAAUUAGAUAAAACGAUUUGUUCAUUAAGUGAUGUUGACAAUGAUCGAAAAUAUAAUAUCGUUUGUGAAUAUGUGCUUGAUUUUUGUCUUGGAAAUAUCAUAUGUGGUAAACAUGGGCAGUGUAUGAAUAUCAUAGGAGGUUUUGAAUGUUCAUGUUCAUUUUUAUAUGGUGGUCUUCUCUGUGAAAAAAUUUCACAACAAGGUCGACAAAUUCUUAUCAGUUGUGUUAUUAUUAUAAUUCUUGCUGGUUUAUCUUUGAAACCAGUUCAACAGUUUCUUUGGUUAAUCAUGAAGUUAUUAAUCAAAAUUUUGAAAAUUUGCAGAAAAGUAUUAAAACGUAAUGAUCAAAAAGGACAAAUAAUUAAUUUUAUAAAAUUAGAACAAAUUCAGAUUAAGAUUAGUGAACAUAAAAAAAUUAGAAUUCCACAUUCAUUAUCAAGUCCAAUUAAACAUAAUAUUAUUCGUGAUAUUCUAGUUGGUUUUUUAAGUAUAUUAGUUUUAUCAUUCUUAUUUAUAAUGAUAACAAUAAGAUAUUAUAAAUUAUUUCAAAUCGAUAGAUUUGACCAUAUAAAUUUAGAAAUUUUAGUUAAUCAUACAUUUCGUUUAAUAAAACAAUGUGAACAUAUAUCAGAUUAUCGAAGAGGACAUAUAAUAUUUGCUCCAUUUGCAUUACUAUUAAUACUCAUUUUUUCAUAUUUAACUAAACGAAGAAAUUCAUGUCUAAAUAUAUCUUUGAUAUCUCCUAUUGAACCGUUUCGUAUUGAAAAUCGUUUUAUAACUGCAACUGUUUUUGGAAUUCUUACUUAUGAAGUAUUAAAAAUAUUCGAAGAACUUCUUUUUAGAUUAGAUCAAACAUUCAUUCAUGGUGUACUUAUUGAAUUACUUGUGAGAAUUGGAACUAUUAUUCUUGUCGGAUUUCGAUAUUAUCCAAUACUUGCUUCUUUACAUCUACAUAAUGUCAUUGCACGUUUUCUUGCUUGUUUAUAUAUUAUUGGUGAUGUCGGAUAUACGAUUAUACGAGAAGGAUCAUGUAUGGGUUUUCUGUUAUAUUCAAGACAAUAUACAGCAUUUGAAGAAGCAAAACUUCGACUCGAACUGGGUACAUGGUUCAUAGUCUAUGGUUUAAUUAAAUAUACACCACAUUUCUUUUUUCUUUCGUAUCUUACUGCUGAAUUAUUUGUACGUUUUGCAUAUGAUUCUAUAUAUGUACCGAUAAAAAUGAAGAAAUCUAUAUGGACAAUGUCUGAUGAAGAAACGAAUGAAUCGAAAAUGGCAAAAUUUUAUGUUACAAAAUUAUUUCGACGUAAAUUAAUCAUGAAAAACAAUACAAAUAAAAAUUGUCAACAAUAUUUUCGAAAGUUUCUUAAGUUUAUUUUUAAAUGGCAAGAUGAUAUUUAUUGUACAACAAUGGUUAUAUGUACAUAUACAGUAGCUAGUAUUUUUCUCUAUUAUCUAGCAUGUACAUUCGUUUUUCUUUAUCUAUCACGAAUAACAGAAUAUAUUUCAUUUAUAAAUUCUUAUAUUCCAUCAUCAAUAAAUAUUAAAUUAAAAGAAUCAUCUUCUUUAAAACUCGAAAUCAUAGUGAGUGCAAUUUUAACUGUAAUUAUCUAUGGUUUUCAAUUAUUUUUUGGAAUACAACGUUAUAAAAGAUUUAAAAAAGAUUUAUAUUUGGGUAAAAAUCUUGAAAUACCAUCUAUAAAGUAUUUUGAACCGAAUUCAAUCGCAUCAAAUUCUGUACAUUAUUCCGGUUUUCUUGUUGGUUAUCUCGCCUGGGGUUUUGUUAUUUGCUUUCAUUUAAUACUUUUAAUAACAAUAGCAAUAAAAAUUGUAUCAUUACAAAUUCGUCAUAUUGAAAUCAUACUUACAAUUAUUGUGCCUAUAUUUAUUAUUUACUUUUUGAAAAUGUUUAGUAUUAAGUUGAUGGGAAAAUUUUUAUUUACUCAUAAACCAGAUGAAGGACUUAUUUUAAAAAACUAUACAAUAUUUAUUUAUUUUAGUUUUUUUGCUGAUUGUUUUCUUGGUAUUGCAUCAUGUAUUAUUCGUUUAAUUAAAACAAUAAUUCUUAAUACAAUAUUUAUGGCUCGACUUGAUUAUAGUUUUCUUGGGAAACCAUUGGAAAAAUUUGAUACUGGUUUUGCUGCUUAUAUUUCACACUUGCACAUGGAAGUUAAUCAUUCACAUCCGAUAAAACUCGGUUAG